AUGAUGCUCUCGCUUCGACCACCAUAUCUCAUUUUGUUCGCGCUGGUUCUGCUUAUCAUCAAACCUGCGACAUCCCAUCCUGUCCGAAGCUCCAAAUGGACCGAAACAACUCGGCUCGAAGAAUAUGAAGCGCGGGAACAUGGGAAUUACCAUGACAAGACAGACCAGGAUCCCUUCCCAGUGGGUACCCUGCUGGGAUCGGAUAAGUUUAAACGUGAUACUCUUCUGAGAAAACCACCGGGCGUUGUGCUAGUUCCUGGUGGUCGAUCGCCUGCAUCAGAACGACUACAUCGGCACUGGAACCACCGUCCAAAAGGCAAAUACGGCGAAAUCUUCGGACACGCCAAAGAAUCGGACAAAGUAGGCACAAGCGGAAUAUCUAAAGAAGAUACUCAAACCUUGACCUCACCCUCGUUACGACUCUCAACCAGUCACGACCUAUCGUUCUUUUCAUAUCGAAUUUCGUUUCCUUUCUUCAAGCUUGCACCAAUGUCGCUUCCUCAGCUUCCGCUACCAGGCAUAUUUACGACGGUUAUGAUUCUAUUGGCUUUGGUGUGGAUCGCCAUAUUGGCGAUUGGAUUGGUGGAGGUUGCAAAUUAUCUAUGGAGGCGGCGGAGAAUAGCUCAUGUUGCAGCUGAUACUGAUCGACUGCUUAAUGAGAAUUCGUCUUCUACCGAGCUAGUGAAAGAGCCAUUUCAGGUUCUUGUCGUCCCUAGAGCCCCUAGGCGACUCGAGAGACUCCAGGAUGAGAAUCCUGUGUUGGUGCAGAAUGAUGGUCCAGAUGGCGGUUCUGAUUCAGAGACUGAAAUUGGUGCAACCUAUGUCUAA